AUGUCAAUCACCUCACAUCUUCAACAUUUGAUUGUACAGUGUUCCGGUAACGUUGGUGGCAUGAAAGUACCGUCGGUAAAGUUGGAAGUGGACGGUGAACCUAUUUUCCUAAAACGACGCGUCCUCCCAUACGGUCAACGGGAAGGUGUUCUGAAAGCAUCACAGAAAAUGGAGCAGGAUGGGGUGAUAAUCGAAACUGAAUCCAGUGCCUGGGCAACCCCGAUCGUCGUGGCGAUGAAAGGUGAUGGUAGGAUACCACGGAUCUGUGGAGACUAUCGACUAACAUUGAAUCCCAGAUUCCGGAGAUGUGCAGCGACCACCAUGAAACCAGAGGAUUUCAUGAAUUCAUUGCAUGGGUGCCAGUAUUUUUCCAAGAUCGAUUUGGUGGACGCAUACCUACAGAUUCCACUCGAUGUCGAAUCUCGCUACUUGACAACAAUCAACACGCCGUGGGGAAUGUACCAGUACAAUUUUCUCCCAUUCGGAGUGCAUGUGUCGUCUGGCCUCUUUCAAUCGGUAAUAGACAGUGUAAUCAAAGGACUCGACGAUGUGCUUGCAUAUCAAGAUGACGUCCACAUUUUCGGUCUUAAUAAGAAAUAA